AUGACUUCUGUGAGUCUAAAUCGAUCCUACGAUGAAGAAAUCACGAGAUUUGUUGAUUAUUUGCUCGAUACUGUUUCAACAACGGCAGUAGCAUACAACAAAACGAUUUUAGAGAAAGAGAAUUUUUAUCAAUCACAGUACAGUUCAAGUUAUAAAAAACUUAUCAACCAGAAACUACAACAAUGGAAAGAUUUUGAUGAAAACGAGACAAUCGACAUAAUCACUGAAAAGGAACUUUCUGAAAAAGAAUCUGAGAGUGAAGACGAGUCCUCACCAGAAGAUGAAAUCAACCGGUCAACAACAUCAAAACCUACUCCGAAAGUACAUGUUGACCUUCGGCAAAUUGAAAUUCCAAUCGAUCCUAUUGGUCAAUGCGAACGUCUUCUUCAAUUCUUAUAUCAUUGUCAACAACGUUAUCCCCACUUUGUCGAUCUCUAUUUUCAUACUCUUAAUCAUACCAUCAAAUGUUCCAACGAAAAAAUCAAUACUGUUGCCUUACAACAAAUCGCUCGACAUCUCUCCGAUGGUGUCACGAACGAAAAGCAACGUCAGCGUUUGAUCGAAUGUAUUCCAAGUAAAAAUUCGUUGGCGACUGUUUCGAAAAUACACAAACCGAUUUGUGCGACAAUUCAAAAUUUACUUUCGACAAGCGAAACAACCAUCAUAUCACCAGACGAUCUAGAUACCUUAUAUCCAUACCGUGCUCGAUUUUUUGAUUUACAACGUGAAUUUCGUGAUAGCGCACAUUACUUUAUCGACGGUGAUUCCUUCCUUCUCUCCAUUGCUCACCAUAUUAAUGUUGAUCUUCUUUCUUACUUUGGCAAUACUCUUCAUGUGAUUUAUUUAAUUGAACGUAUUCUUUUGACGCUUUUCAAUCAAACGCGUCAAUGUAAUUAUUCCUUACUCUUCUUUGAUUGCCAUCAUCAAUUCUACCAGCAAGAAAAACCUAUCUUGAGUCUUAUUCGAUCCUGUCUUAUCGCACAUCUUUCAAAGAAUAUUAAUCAAUACCAAUCCUCGAAAGUACAACAAUUUUCAUCGUGGUUCGAUGAGGAUUAUAAAGCAUUUGUUCAGAAAGAAAAACCUCAUUUCGUCUUUUAUCAUGAUAUGUCAAGCUUCGAUUUCAAACUCGAUCAUCUCUUAUGUAAACAGUCUCUUACACGUCUUCUUUAUAUCUAUCGGCUAUUUGGUAUUUAUCAUCAGUAUUCAUUGAAUUGCCAUGCGUAUCUAAUGAAUAAAUUGGCAUUGACUGAUACUUAUAUCAAAUGUUUUCAAGUGAAUUUUCAUAGAAAUUGCUCGGAAUCUCGAAUACACAAAGCACUCCAGAUCCGUUCAACCUAUCGACAUGUUACAAAUGCUGAAAAAGACCAAUGGAUUCAAUUCGAAAGACAAAUCACUGAUCAAAUGGAUUUACGAUUAGCUCUUUAUAUUAAAACAAUCAAAGAUUUGAUGGAAAUGAAAAAAGAUCAGUUUGAAGAAGAGAAUCUACUAAGACUUCUUAGUCCAUUACUUAUUCUUCAUAUGGCUCUUCUCAUUCGUCUUUCGCUAGUCGAUCGUCAUCUCCCCGAAGAUUUACCGUCGAUCACGUUCAGUUCCCAGCUUGCUCAAUUGAUCAUUGAGUUUCAACAGCAACUGGCCAUAUCAGUAGCAGUUGCAUCUUCAUCAACUCGAUCUUGCUCAAAAAUAGCUGAUUUAUACGACGGACGUCUUUUCGCAUUUACGCUCUAUCAGUUAUUAUCUAAUGUAUCCUUCCAUUCGGACACAAUGUGUAUUUUCAGCGAUGGACUAUUAUUCUUAGAAUUUUCAACCGACCAAAACCUAUUUCAUGAAACAACAAAUAAGCUAGUUGAAGCUGAGCACUUAACAUUUUCACCAUCACUUGCAAGACAGAGUACUGCUGUUACUAAGUCACAACAAAUCACUCGUAUAUCCAAUCGAUUUAUUGAUACUUGCCUACAGCCGAUUAUUUCUAACAUCAAUAAUACGACAUUCAAUUUCGUCGAUCCUCAAGAUGUUCGUUUAUCUCGAUACGAAGGCAAAUAUCAUUGGCACGUAUACAAAGAGGUUGGUGAUGAAAUCAGCCGUGUACGAAAUAAUGAUGAAACCUAUCAAAAUUCUACCAAAUAUCGUUAUCGGACCCAACAAAAACAACGAUUUUAUACUUAUUUCACUUUGUACGGCAAUUCAUUGACUAGUCGCGAUGUUCGAGAUAGUCAUUUGCAGAUUGUCCUCCCGACGGUUUCGCCGUCAGUGGUACAAUCGGAGUCUAAGAAGAAAGAAAAACCUCCGAAAAAAAUUGAUCUCCUUCGCGAGAAAAAUCAACAGAAGAAGAUGGCGGACCGCAACGAGGAUGAAGCUGAUCAAUUAAUUGCAGUUCUAAAGUUAUUAGAUGAGGUUCCAAUAGAUAAUUAUGCUCGAGCGAUUGACAUUCUCGAUGCUGCUUUACUAAACUUUAAAAUCUCGUCUCAUCGUUUGGAAUUAUUGAAACGGAAGUUUCGAUUUCAACGAAAAUAUUUACAAUCGCUCCGGAAGAAAAGUGUUCUAACUAACGAAGAAAACGCCAGUUUGGAGCUUCUUCAAGUGAAUUACUUUGCAACCAUCAGUGAAAUGGCCAACAUAGAGCAUAUCGAUGAUGUAUUCGAGAAAAAGACGAAGUAUUUAGAAGAACUGAUCGAUCAAACACCUUUGGACCGGGAAGAAUGGUAUCGAUUUCAAAUGAACCAAAUCAAUAGUCGACUACCGAGACGCGAAAAUAACAAACCAGACCAACGUGUCAUAGAUUUCAUUCCCGACGACUGGCAAGUGAAAUUUCUUGAUGCUGUGGACAAACGUCAAUCGAUCAUUAUCGUCGCGCCUACUGCCUCGGGUAAAACGUAUGCAUCAUACUAUGCAAUGAACAAGGUAUUGAAGGACGAGAAAGAUCAGCACGGUCUGUGUGUGUACAUCGCGCCGACGAAAGCAUUGGUCAAUCAGGUCGCAGCGACAAUUCAUUCGAAAUUCGGUCCGGUAUUUGGAAUAUUUACACGAGAUUACCGCGUAAACAUGGAUUCGUGCCGAAUAUUGGUUACUGUUCCACAAUGUAUGGAAAUUUUACUUCUGUCUCCAACACAUCAGCAAUGGUGUCAACGGAUCAAAUAUGCCAUAUUCGAUGAAAUUCAUUGCAUGUCGGGCGAAAUCGGUGCGGAUGUUUGGGAGAAGACCAUGCUGCUCAUCAAUUGCCCAAUGAUUGGUCUAUCGGCAACAGUGAAUAACAGCGAUGAAUUGCGUCAAUGGAUUACGAAUGUCGAACGACAACGAGCGGAACUAUUUGGAAUAUCGACACCGCGUCAGGUAUGCUUGAUUGUUCAUCAUGAACGUGCAGCUGACUUGAACAAAUAUUUGUAUUCAAACCGAGAAUUACAUCCUAUUCAUCCAAUUGGAAUCAUGAAUGCGAAGCAAUUAGUGACAAAAGGUAUUCCUAAAGAUCUUUCACUAUCCCCACGCGAGACUUUACAACUUGAAGAUUUAAUCAAGACAAAACAAACUGACGAAAAAUGGGCAUCUACACCACCCCUAGCUGAAUACUUUUCAUCGAGUUGGAUUAUCGAGCGAAGUUUAUGCAAUGAAUAUUCCAAAUUAGUUCAUGAUCAGUUCAAUCAGUUGAUUGAUCGAAAAGAUAUACAUGUUAUCGACUCAAUUAUUACAUCGUUACAGCCAAUGACAUCAGUGAAUUUUCGAUAUCCUGAACCGAAGCCUACACCUUCAUUAAUCGUGGAUUUUAUUCUCACACUCAAAGAAAAGAACCUUCUUCCAUGUAUCGUUUUCACAGAUAAUCGAGCUUUGUGUGAGCAUAUGGCUCACAGUGUUGCGACGCAUCUGUACACAAAGGAAAAGCAGUUGCGAGAAACAAAAUAUAAAAUUCAACUACAAGAAUUACGAAAUCGUUUGGAAUUAGCAGAACAGAAUCGACAGAAGUCCAAACCAAAGAAAAGUUUGAAAUCGUCGCGCGGACGUCGUCAUGCUGAAGAUGAUGUCGAAGAAAUAAAAAUGGUCGAAGAAGAAAACAAGCAGAUCUUGCUUUCUGGACACGAAGAACAACUAUUAAACGGUAUUUUAGAUGAAGGAACGUUAGCUAGCCGACAAAGAUGCGAUCGAGCCUUGGUCGACGCUUUAUUGGAACGAGCUCAUGUAGAAAAUCCUCGCCUAGUCUCGUAUAUGAAACGAGGAGUCGCUUACCACCAUUCCGGUUUGAACAACAAAGGUCGUGUUGCUGUAGAAGCUCUGUUUCGUAAUCGAUAUAUUCAAGUUGUUUUCUCUACAGCAACACUCGCAUUGGGUAUUCAUAUGCCAACAAAAAGUGUUGCAUUCAUACAAGAUUCAAUUUAUCUAGAUGCAUUGCAAUAUCGACAAGCAUCGGGUCGCGCUGGUCGCCGUGGUUUCGAUAUACAAGGUCAUGUGAUAUUUAUUGAUAUACCUCUAGCAAAAAUUAGUCAUUUAUUCAUGUCAGCUAUUCCAAAUAUACAUGCACAUUUUCCUACCAGUGUCACGUUUCUUCUACGUUUGUUACACUUAUGCGCAAAUGCCAAAGAUGUCGAUGAUGCGAUCAAUCGAUCGUUGAUUGCAUUACAGUGCUCAUUGAUGUCACAAUCACCUUUGAAGAGUCAAUUGAUCGACGUUCAAACACGUUUUCAUUGUUUAUUUACAUUAGAUUUUCUUUACCGACUGAACUUAAUUGAUCGACAAGGAGGAUUAGUUGGUUUAGCUGGUCUUCUAAGUCAUCUGCACUAUUUCGAACCGGCAAAUAUUUUACUUAUCUACUUGAUGGACACGCGAUUAUUUCAUGAAGUUCGAGAUCAAUUCGAAAUUAUUACGAUUUUUGCAUACCUUUUUACGAAUAUGCCAUGGUUGAUCACUCCUCGCGGAUAUGAUGAUCUAGUGCAACACCGAAAAGAAGAAAAGUUGAAUUCGAAAUUAUUUCUGGCACCGAUUUCAAAAAAAUUUCGACAACGUGUUGAUAGUUACAACUCGAUUGUUAAGGAAGUUUAUGGAUGUUAUAUACAAACGAUCAUACAACAUCUUCGUCGUUCGACUAGUUCUAAUAAACAAGAGGAAGUUUUACCAUUUUCGAGUAUUUCGUUUGCUCAAACUAUGGAUUAUGAUAAUGGAACAUUUGAGUAUCGACUUCAUCAUCAUUAUUCCCAACAGAUGCAAAAUCCUACGUCCAUUUCUCCGUUUGCUGCUCUCUCAGGUCUUACUCAUGAGAAAUACAUGUCGAGGUAUAAUCCAAUUAUUGGCUCAUGGGAUCUUAUUUAUGAUAUCGAUUUAUCGUCGAAAGUGGUGCCAUUCAUUGAUAUAGAUUGCUGUGAUCACACAAAUACAGCUUACCACCUAAAUAGUUACGCAUUUGACUUCUAUAAGCAUGGCUCCGAAAAAUUAUUGAUUAUGGAAAACUGGUUAAAUGCUGGGGAUACAUACAAUCUUCUGUUAGAUUUUAAAAUGAUUUUGGCAUCGGUCAAAACGUCAUUAGAAGUUAUUUUAAAUCAUGACCUCAAGGAACAUGACAAUGAAGAUUUAACGAUGAUUAAGCCGUUAUAUCGAACUAUAGAAAACGUACAUGAAAAAUUUUCGACAAAAUUCCGACGUCAGUACCCGAACCGAAAUAAGAUUUAG